UUGCUGCGGCGGUUCAUUUCUCCCAAAACUUUGCUCAACUUCUGCUCACUUCGGCUUCGCUUCUCCGGCAGUGAUGCGUAGCUACAGGGCUCCUGCGCUCCUGCUGCCCUUUUUCCUUCUUUCUGUUGGACUGAAGGCAACAGUAGCACGCUCGGUAGAGUACGAGACAGACUUAGUAGUGCCCUCGGAGCUGCAGCAGGAGCAGGUGGAGCUGAUUUGGGAAGGAUCCCGGUGGAGCAGGGGACGCAGGAGGCGCUCAGAGAACCGGCAUGGCCACCUGUUCGUGUCAUUGCCUGCCUUUAGCCAAGAGCUUUACCUGGCGCUCCAGAGGGACGAGGCUUUCCUUGCUGAGGGCUUCAUGGUUGAGGAGAGGAGUCGAGGAGAGAGCACCCGGCGUGAACCAGCUUUUAAAGGACGGGUCUGUUUCUACACUGGUACUGUCUUCAAUCACACAGACUCAUUUGCCUCGCUGGAUACUUGCGGCGGCCUGACUGGCCUGGUUCAAUUGGGAGAUGAGACUCUGUUUAUCAAGCCUGUUCGCCAGGAGCUUGAAUCCUUCUCCGGUGGGGAACACAAAGUCAUCAGACAAAAACGUUCUUCUGACAAAACGUCCCGGUUCACACACAGCAGCCCAAAACACUGCCAAAUCAUCCAAGGGAAGCGUAAGGAUCGGCGGUCUAAAACCACAGAGGAUGCUCGUGGGAGGAGAAAUGCCAUCCGGAUGAGCGGAGAAUACACUGUAGAGUCGGUGCUGGUGGCUGAUGCAGACAUGGUGCAGUACCAUGGAGCCGAGGCAGCGCAGCGUUUCCUCCUUACUGUCAUGAACAUGGUGUAUAACAUGUUUCAGCACCAGAGUCUAGGACUGAAGCUGAAUGUUCGACUCUCCAAACUGGUCCUCUUGCAGUCCCGCCCAAAGAAGCUGAAGGUCGGCCAUCAUGGAGAGAAAACACUGGAGAGCUUCUGCCACUGGCAGCAUGAAGAAUUUGGAGGGGCUCGAUAUUUAGGAAAUAACCAUGUCCCUGGAGGCAGAGAUGAUCCACCACCCAUAGACGUCGCAGUACUGGUUACAAGGACAGAUUUUUGUGUCCACAAAGAUGAGCCCUGCGACACUGUUGGUAUUGCCUAUUUAGGUGGCACCUGCAGCGCCAAGAGGAAGUGCGUAGUAGCUGAGGACAACGGCCUCAACCUGGCCUUCACCAUUGCCCAUGAGCUUGGACACAACAUGGGCAUGAGCCAUGACGAUGACCAUGCUGCUUGUACUGGCCACUCACACAUCAUGUCAGGAGAGUGGGUCAAAGGUCGUAACCCUAGCGACCUCUCCUGGUCUACCUGCAGCCGUGAUGACCUGGAAAACUUCCUCAGGUCCAAAGCCAGUUCCUGUCUGUUACACACAGACCCGCGGAGUCGUUACCUGGUGCGUCUUCCUGUGAAGCUGCCUGGCAUGCACUACAGCGCAGAUGAACAAUGCCAGAUUCUGUUCGGCACCAACGCAACCUUCUGCACCAACAUGGAGCACCUGAUGUGUGCAGGCCUGUGGUGUCUGGUGGAAGGAGACACGUCCUGUAAAACCAAACUGGAUCCACCUUUGGAUGGCACUGAAUGUGGUGCUGAUAAGUGGUGCAGGGCUGGUGAGUGCGUCAGUAAAACCCCGAUCCCUCAGCACAUGGACGGAGACUGGAAUUCAUGGAGCCAGUGGAGCAUGUGCAGCCGAACCUGUGGUACCGGAGCUCGGUUCAGGCAGAGGAAGUGCGAUAACCCCCCACCCGGUCCUGGAGGGAAACAGUGUCUGGGGGGUAGUGUGGAGCACAAAGUGUGUGAGGGUCCGCCAUGUACUAAGGGCUCGCCUACAUUUAGGGACCAGCAGUGCCAGUCUUACGAGCGCCAGGUGGGCAAGAAGAAGAGCCAGAUGUGGACAGCUGUUGUAAAUGAUGAGAAGCCAUGUGCUCUGUACUGUACGCCAGUGGGUAGGGAUGCACCCGUGCUGAUGGCUGAGCGAGUGCUAGACGGGACGCCAUGUGGACCCUACGAGAGUGACUUGUGUGUGCAUGGGAGGUGUCAGAAAAUUGGCUGUGACGGCAUUAUCGGCUCCUCAGCCAAAGAGGACCGCUGUGGAGUGUGUAACGGAGAUGGCAAGUCCUGCAAGAUUGUCAAAGGAGACUUCAAUCGCAGCAGUGGCAUGGUCACCUCUAGCCAUUGUAAGAAGGUCUCUACGUGUGUGAUGUCAAAAUCCAGGGCUCUUCCCAAGUGUUUCUCAUGUUAUAUUGAGGCGGCCGUCAUUCCUGUAGGAGCACGGCGAAUCAAAGUUGUGGAGGACCGGCCAUCACACAGCUUCCUGGCGUUGAAAGACUCAAGCAAGAGAUCCAUAAACAGCGACUGGAAAAUUGAGCUGCCGGGGGAGUUUGAGCUCGCCGGCACCACCGUUCGCUAUGUUCGCAGAGGAUUGUGGGAAAAGAUGUCUGCCAAGGGGCCCACUAAGACUCCUCUCCACCUCAUGGUUCUCCUGUUCCAUGAUCAGACAUACGGGAUCCAUUAUGAGUACACAGUGUCUCUGAACCAGUCUCAGGAGAGCAGCGCAGAGAUGCCCAGAGAACCCGAGCACCUCUACUUGUGGACGCACAGCAGCUGGGAGGACUGCAGCGUGCACUGUGGAGGAGGAGAAAGAAAAACAGUGGUUUCCUGUAUAAGGAUGGUUAAUAAGACCAUGACGCUGGUGAAUGAGAGCUUCUGUCACCCGGAGAACCGCCCUGCACCUCAAGUCCGUGGCUGCAACACUCAUCCUUGCCAAUACAGAUGGGUGGCAGGUGACUGGGGCGAAUGUUCAGUGACGUGUGGAAAAGGUGCACAACAGCGUGAGGUCGACUGUGUUUAUCAGCUCCAGAACGGCUCAUUCCUCACCACACGAGAACUCUACUGCCUCAGUGUGAAACCGGAGAGCAUUCAGCACUGCGAGGGACGGCACUGUCUCACUGCAUGGGAUGCCUCUGAGUGGAGCCAGUGUUCAUCUAAUUGUGGGCGGGGCAUCAGGAAAAGGACAGUGACAUGCACAAAUCCUCAGGGGCUUUGUGACCCUGCUUCCCGUCCUACCCACCAGGAGCCAUGUGAAGAUUACUCAAAAUGCUAUGAGUGGAAGACAGGAGACUGGUCCAAGUGCUCAUCAUCCUGUGGACGGGGGCUUCAGUCCCGUGUAGUCCAGUGCAUGCACAGAGUGACUGGUCGUCACGGCAGCGACUGUCCCACUGUCCUAAAGCCACCAGCAUAUAGGCAGUGUCAUCAGGAGGCAUGCAAUGAAAAAGUUAAUGUCAACACCAUAACUUCACCAAGGCUGGCGGCACUGACGUAUAAGUGCACAGGAGAUCAGUGGACGGUGUACUGUCGUGUGAUUCGGGAGAAGAACCUGUGCCAGGACAUGCGCUGGUACCAACGCUGCUGCCAAACCUGCAGAGACUUUUACGCAAGCACAAUGUCCCGCGAAAGUUAAUGAGCCUGGCACUUCUUCCCACAUAGCAGCUUAAUUUUUUUAUGUCCUCUUUUUGUACUGUCAAAAAUGACACUGUGUAUAUUGUUAUUAAGGAUUAUUGGAUUUUAAAGCAGUAACCGGUAAAUUGAUGCACAUGUCAGAUCUUUCAAAUGCUACGUUGAAACGUUUAAGGUUUUGACUUUAAAAUGGUGCAAAAGAUCUAUGACUUUUUAUUAUUAUUAUUAUUAUUAUGUUGCUGUAAACCAAAGUUGAGAACAUAGGAGGCCAUUGGAGAUGACUUCUUCAGCAUAGCAGCUUGGCUGUUGUACAGUAAGCUGACCGUUUAGGAAAGGCUUACUUUGCUUUCUAAAAGCCACUGGUUGGCCAGUAAUCCAAGAACUGAGCAAUGGGACAUUAUUGUCAUUUUGAUAUCCUAAUCACAUAUUCAUUUUCUUAUCUGUUGUUUCUUCUGGAUUUUUUUUUUUAACACAGAGGUCCAUUAAGUGCCUUAACAAGUUUAUAUGAUCCAGAAUACCAUGGCUUAUGAGGUCAGUUGCACCCCAUUAGCUACCGUAUAACACAAGCCAUGGUUGUCUUAAAUAAGGUCAUAGGUCAUUGCGAAGACUGAUUUUGAGAACUUUACACUUAUUACACCAACUAAAUGUAUGCUUAAGAUCGUCUAAUACUGGCCUUAUCUGUGCACAUUCAUGUGAAAAGAUACCAUAACUGCUAGUGCUACACACAUAAAGAGAUAGUUCAGUACAGAUUUGAUCCCUUGAUAUGGGAAUAUGGCACACACUUGGAAACUAUAUUUGUUUGAAUAAAAUUCACCAGACAGUUUACUGAAGAGGAAAGGACUGACGGUGAGAAACAUGCUCUCACUUAUGAUAGUGGUCACUUACCUUUUUUAAAAAAAUUUUUUUGUGCCAACUUUAUCUAGGUGAAGUUUGACCUGUGGUAUCAUAGGGCUCUAUCUUGUGAGCCAAUAGAAACCAAGUGCACAGGACUGAAGUCGCUUUUUUUUCCCCCCUCAGUAACAAAAUGGAGGAGCUUCCUAUUCUUCUGUAGCAAAUUAAACCAGACCUUUUGCCUUACUUGUUGUCGCGCUUGUUUAGCUGCGGCAGCAAGCUUAACUCUACUUGCUAGGAUUUUCUUGUUAGCAAUGUUGACAUCUCUGUACAUAAAUACACUACAGGCUACCCAAUGCUCGUUUGCUAAAUCCCACGACCAAACUAGGACUGCAAGCUUGCACACAGGCCAUUUGGAAAACAAGUGUUCAGCUGAGACCUGUUAUAGCAGGGAGGUUAGGACGCGUGAUGUGUGAUAAAUGGACAGUUUAUAUAGACCACAGGUUCCCAAUCCUGGUCCUAGAGUACCCUCUAUCCUGCACAUUUUACUGUUUUAAUUGCUCUACCACAUCUGACAAGCUCAUUAACAGCCCUUCCUGAGUUGAAGUGCGUGUGUUAGAGUAGGAAAAACACUUACCUUUGCAGGACAUGGUGUUCUCUUGGUUUAGGUUUGGGAGUCUGGGAUAUACACAGUAUUGAAAGUUCAAGAAAACUUUCUUUAAGCAUCAUAAGCUGCAGGAAGGCAACAGCAACAGUGCUGUUUCUCAUUGCCGUAGCCUGUGGAUGUAUUAUAGCAAAAAUCAGUGAGACAAUCUUACAAGGUAAUGUUUUGGUGACUAAAUUUGAUGGGUUUUUUUUAUAUUAUCUUGAAUCAUAUUUUGAUAACACCACUAGAAACUGUCCUUUCACUGACAUUAAUUCUGCUUUAAGCCCUUUUCCCAUGAUUACAAAGCAGGUCAUUUUAAAGGUGACUGUUAAUGUUACAAGACUAAGAUCAAUCUUUUAAAGACUAGGCCAAUUCCUCUCCCGUCAUUUGUUUUUUUAAAUAAUUUUUUCAUUGUUGGUAAAAUUGGUCAUAUACACCAUUGUGUUUGACUUCUUUCUUUCCAUGGCUACAGAAUUAACACAGAUUUAUUUAGCUAUAUUCAUUUGUAUGUGUUGAAACGUUAAUUUCAACACAUUUUCCUUUUGUAUUUCGUUGUUUCAGAGUUUUAGUAAGUACUGUUACUGUUUGAAAUUUUUCAAUAAGAACAUUGCACAUUUGUUUACAUAUGUUAGAAGAGUGGAUGUUUAACUAGCGUACAGUUUUUUUCAUAUUUCCAGGAGUCAAGCUCAGAACAAAGCGCUUUAUGUUAUUUACAAUGAAAAUCGUAAUUGUUGGGCACAAUUAUUAAACAAAAAUGAGCAGGUUUUAAUUUUCAAGAACUCCUGAUGACACCAUCAGUAAAGUAUUUAUAACUGGUUACAGGCUCACAUGCAGCUGCAUUACUUUGGAUCACAGGUGUAAAAUGUGAACUUUCAAGGUUUUUACACUACCCAAAUUCCGUGUGUGUGUGUGUGUGUGUGUGUGUUAUAGAUACCUUGGCCCCUGUUUUCUCAGGCAGCGCAGGGUUCAUUUGGUGCUAGACAAAUUUCACUACUGUGGAAUUCAACAGUUUUUUUUUUUUUGUCCUGUUUUUCUCAUGAUUGUUCUUCCAUAGGUAUUUUCUGAUACAUAUGUUUUGUGAUGAUUAUUUAAUACUAAAAUGUAGCUACCUUACUAUUUCAGAGAUUUCGGCCUAUUGGUGAAAAUUGCUUCAUUUACUGCUAUGGUGCAGAUAUGCAUAUAUAUUCCAGUACUGUAUGUCUUUAGUUGCACAUGAUUGGUACAUAAUCUGCAUUUUUUUUUGAUGGUGCUGAUUUGAUUACAACUGUUUAA